ACGUGGUCCUGUCUAUCCAGGAAAAGGUUAGACAGGGUUACACUCAAGACGUCCUGGUGAAGAUGCUGAACUGCUUCGCAGCAGAGGUGCUGAACACCAUCAGCUAUGUCGCAACGGGAGAAAUCUCUGCGCUUUUUCAGCCUCACAUAAAACUGUCUCCAAACCUGAAUGCCAGAGAGGCCUGCACCCAGCCAGCAGACGUGGUGGAUGGUGCAGAAGACAAACCCAGCCCUGCUGAAGGUGUGAAUAAGGAGCCUGAUCUGGAGGAGGACAGUGAAACAAACAGAGAAACAGACACUGCUGUCAUUACUCCUCCACCAACUCCUCUGACCAGCGCUGCCGAACUCCCGGACAACACCGCCGUCCAGAAUGGCUUGAACCACAAGCUGGAUGAAGAAGGCGAAAAGCCCAUAUCCAGCUCAGAACCAGACUCUAGUGUGGCUCCAGCUCAACCACUCCCUCUGACCCCUGCUGCUGAGACUCCAGUCACUGCUUCCGUCCUGGAUGCUGAGAAGAUGAGUGAGGAACCCACCAGAGAACCAGACUCUGCCUUGGAUCCAGCUCAACCAGCUCUUCGGACCCUUGCAGACGAACCUCCUUUCAUCCCUGCAGCGCAGGAUGACCUGACCACCAGUGCUGAACAUCCUGCCAACUCCACCAUCCAAAAUGGUUUGAACAGUAGCCUGGAUGAAGCAGAGGAACAGUCAGCGCUCAGCCUAGAGUCUGCUGUUAUUUCUCCUCUACCUGCUCCUCUGACCCCCUAUCCCGUAACUUCUACCAGCGUCGCCCACAUCGCUGACGCCGCCAACACCUCCAACGCCCAGCAGCCAAUGCUCGGUCCAGAACAAGACUGCGCCUCUGUUACCACUCCUCCACCACCUUUGACCCCUCUUGCUGAUGAGUCUCGUGUCAUCUCUGCAGUACAGGAUGAGCUGAUCAUCACGCAGCAGCCAGUCAGGGUGGAGGAAUCUUUCAACACCACAACAGAGGUUAAAAAGACAGAGAUGAGUGGAUUCAGCCGCUUCUUCACUUGGCUGCAAAAAAACGUCUACUGCUGCUUCCUGCCUGAAGACAACGCAGAGACAGAAUGAAAUUCUCUCUGUAAAAAAUCAUUUUCAUGCUGCAUUGCAGUCUUUAUU